AUGGGAAAACCGAACAGUAAACUGAAGACGGAACAGGUGAAAACAUUGGCCAAACAAACCUACUGUAAGUUGUAAAUCGUUAAUGUGCAAGUUUAAAGUGCUUUCAUUACAAUAACAAUGUUAGAUUUGUUUUAUUGCGCUAUGUAGAAUGACUUGACGUUUUGAAUAUCGAUGUAGAAAGCUGUUUUGGAAUACAUUUCGCAAAAGAAAACUUUCUCCAUUUUGACGUAAAACCAAGGUAACCACUAAUUAUCAUCUAAUUCCAGUCACAGAGAAAGAGAUUCGACAAUGGUACAAGGGUUUCGUCAGGGAUUGUCCGAACGGAAUGCUCACAGAAGCCGGCUUCCAGAAGAUCUACAAACAGUUCUUCCCUCAAGGUGACCCCUCGGAGUUUGCCAGUUUCGUAUUCAAGGUCUUUGAUGAAAACAAAGUGAGUUUUAGGUUACACAUGGCACUUCUUCGAGGGUUUUUGUUCUUAAUCUUGCUUAAUUUUCAGGACGGUGCAAUAGAGUUUCACGAGUUUAUCCGGGCCCUUUCGAUAACAUCACGCGGGAAUUUGGACGAGAAAUUGCAUUGGGCCUUCAGGCUCUACGAUCUGGAUAAUGAUGGAUUUAUCACGCGAAGUGAGAUGCUUUCGAUUGUGGGUUCCAUUUACAAAAUGGUCGGGGACUCGGUCAAAUUGCCGGAGGAGGAAAACACACCUGAAAAGAGGGUGGAUCGGAUCUUCCGGAUGAUGGAUAAGGUAAGAAAAGAGCUCGAAAAGUUUCAGUUCUCAAAUAUUUAAGUCUUUACAUUUGCUUGAUUUUACAGCCAAAUUUUUUGAAAAAAUAAAAAAAAUUUUUUAACAGAAUUCUCUAUAUGGUUUUGAUAAAUUUGAAAUCGAGUUUUUUCCAGAACAACGAUGCUCAAUUAACGCUGGAUGAAUUCAAAGAGGGAGCGAAGGCGGAUCCGUCCAUAGUGCACGCCUUGUCCUUAUACGAAGGCCUUUCGACUUAA